UUGUCUUCUGUGAUGUGUUCAUAGUUCCCUGUCUGUGGUUAAGUAGACACAGAGCUGGGUUAAGUCUCCCUCUCUCAUUCAUUUGCACACACACACACACAAGAGUGCUUCUCUCUUCUCUCAGAAUGAUGGUUCUGGGUAGAGCUUUUGCUACGGUUUUCUGUUUACUUCAAGCUGUUUCUGGAGAAAGUGGCAAUGCACAGAACGGAGACCUAGAAGAUGCAGAACCUGAUGAUUAUUCCUUCUGGUGCUAUAGCCAGUUGGAAGUGGAUGGAAGUCAGCAUUCACUGACUUGUGCCUUUGAUGACCCAGACACCAAUAGCACCAAUCUGGAAUUACAAAUAUGUGAUGCUCUUAUAGAGAUAAAUUGUCUAACUCUUAAUAAGCUACAAAAGACGUAUUUUAUAAAGACAGGAAAAUUCCUACUGAUUGGUAGCAGCAAAAUAUGUGUGAAACUUGGAAAGAAGAAUUUAACUUGCAAAAGUAUGGAAAUAGCCAAGAUAGUUAAACCUGAGGCUCCUUUUGGCCUAGAAGUAGUCUAUCGAAAAGAAGCAAAUGACUUUUUGGUGACAUUUAAUACAUCUCACUCAAAAAAGAAGUAUUUAAAACAUUUAAUGCAUGACAUGGCCUACCGCCCAGAAAAGGGUGAAAAUAACUGGACGCAUGUAAAUUUAUUGAAUACAAGAACAACAAUCCUAGAACGAAAGCUACAACCCAAAGCAGUAUAUGAAAUCAAAGUCCGAUCCAUCCCCAGUACCAGAUAUUUUAAAGGCUUUUGGAGUGAAUGGAGUCCAAGUUCUACCUUCAAAAUCCCAGAGCCCUGGAGUCUAGGCGGAUGGAGUCUUGUUAUGCCAAGUAUCAGCAUUCUGAGUUUUUUCUCUGUUGUUUUGUUGGUCAUCUUAACUUGUGUGCUAUGGAAAAAAAGGAUUAAACCCAUUGUAUGGCCCAGUCUCCCUGAUCAUAAGAAAACUCUGGAACAACUGUGCAAGAAACCACAAAAGAAUCUGAAUGUGAGUUUCAAUCCUGAAAGUUUUCUAGACUGUCAGAUUCAUGAGGUGAAUGGCAUUCAAUCCAGGGAGGAAGUAGAAAGCUUUCUGGAAAAUGUCCAUCCUCCACAACCUGAUCAUCCACCUGAGGAGCUGGAGAAGCAUGGACAUGGAACAGCUGUGCAUAGCCCAAACUGGCUAUCUGAGAUAUCAGUCAGCACACCAGACACUAUCAGAAGAGACUCAUCCCUAAGAUUCCUGGGCAGGAAUCCGAGUGCAUGCGUUACCCCUACAUUCCCUUCUUCUGGGUCCUCUGACUACAGAGGUGGUGACAGAAAUGGACUCCAUGUGUAUCAAGACUUGCUGCCAAGCCCUGGAAACACAAAUGUCACCCUGCCUCAACCAUUUCCUCUCCAGUCAGGAAUCCUGAUACCAGUUUCUCAGAGACGGCCCACCCCCACUUCCUCAGUACUGAAUCAAGAAGAAGCAUAUGUCACCAUGUCUAGUUUUUACCAAAACAAAUGAAUUAGGAGAAAGCUAAGACCCUUCCAUCACAAACAGAAUACUCACUGGGAUGGGAAGUCUCAAAGGCCUACUCUUUCUCACAGGUCACAAAAGAUAAAGUCAAUGAAACCUUGCUAAGCAUCAUCAGCAUUCUGAGAAAUCAUUUUGAUCUCCUAACUCAGAAACAUUUGCAUAAAACAGGAAGAAACAUGUUCUCCCUUGCUGGUUCAGUCCUAAGAGUUCAGAUGACCCAAUUAGAAAACAUGACCAAAACUCAAAUUAAAUGAAGAGUAAUGGGAAGAUACAAGAGUGUGAUGAAUGCAAGAAGAAAGAAAAGAGGAAAAGAAGACUAACAGUGGCAGUUCUAUCAUUAGGAUUUAUUAUAUACACAGGACUCUACACAAAUGGUCUCAUUUCUUCCUCACAAUAAUACGGCAAUGUGGGUUCAUCCCCUAUAAUUUUUAUACUCUUUGAGAUAGAUGCUGAAGUUGAGAGUAAAGAUUUUAAGUAGUCUAAGUUUUCCUUUCAGCAGCAGGUAAGGCAUGUAUUCUAACUGCAGCCUUCCCUUGCCAUGAACCUGUCCUAUUCUUGAGUGCCAAACACCACCACUAAGUGGGUGAUUAUAUAGUAAUUAUCCAAACUGAGCCACUGUGGAAAUGGGAAGUCAUAGCUAAGUAAAAGUAAUCAUAAACUGGAUCUAUCUCAGAACAAUGUGGACGUGUGGACACCUUAAUUAAAGUGACCACAAGGAAGUAGACAACAAAAUAUGUUUAUGGAUGUGAAGUACCAAGACUGUGCAUCAAAGGAAGUGGGAGAAAGAUGAGAGCCACCAUGCUCAUUUGGUUUCCUUUGUUUAUUUUUGAAUAACAAACUCAAGAAGAAAUAAGGUAGAAGCCAAGACGUUCCAGGGUCAACUAUCAAGACCAUUAUCUUCCUGCUGCUAUUAUCUAUCUGCCUCCACAUGAUCAUAGAAGGAGCUACUGACAAUCUGCAACAGUGUGACAUUUAACCAGGAAUAGCCCACCUAAGUGUGCAGAUACUGUUACAAACUACCCCAAGUCCUGCAGCCUUGGAUGUCGCCUGAACUACAGGGAGGAGCGAUGAACACUUUAGUGACUCCUCCAACAGAGACUUUGCUCAUGAAAGCACAAAGAAGAUGGGUAAGUUGCUCAAAUUCAAAUGUUAAUUCAUGACUGCAAGCCACAACUUUGUAUCUCUGGUGUGAAUGGCCAAUCUCCUGAAGCAAGCAUGAAGUAACUGAAGGACAGACACCAUUGGGUUCCUUAGCACUAAAUUCCUGUGUUUCAGUGUUGACAUUGGCUAUUUGAAUUUGGUGUGUCUGUCUGGUUAUGUAUUAAAUCCAUGUAUUAUAUUCAUAUAACCACAACUGCUGAUAGUUCUUAAUUAUAUAAUCAAGAACAGCAUGUAAUGUAACAUUUUUGAUUAGAUCUGCCAAUUUCACUCUUGGAUUUCAUAGGGGAAAAUCAAAACUUUUGGUCAGAGAUAAUAUGCAAAACAGAGAGCUGUCGAUUGCUAAUUCCAAGUAAUGUGAAAUAUAAAUAUUGAAAAUGUGGUCAAUCAACUAUGCUUAGAUCCAGAGAAUCUCUGGUUAGGGCUUAUUUUCUAUAAGCCCUUGCCUCUGUCUCCAUUGAGGUGUCUGUCGUCCUUGGGAAUUUGUGCCUUCAAAUCCAAUUAUGGGAUAUUUCAGAUUUGUAUACUUGUGCUUUUCAGAGCUAAGAUUUGGAACUGUCAAAAAUUCUAAGAAUAUGUAGUAGGGAAGCUGGAAUACAGCUCAGGUGAUAUUUUUCAAGGGCUCAGCAGUUUUUCUAUAGUGUUCUUUAAAAUAUUCGGCAUCCACUACAGUGAAGUUGUUUGAGUUGACUGCACUUUUCAAAUGCAUUAUUACUAGCCUGCAGAGCUGUUACAUAGAUAAAGGUAUGGUGUGUGCUAUCUAUCAUUUAACAUUUCAUUAAAUGCUAAGGAACUCCAUAUGGCUGUACUGUCUUCUGUUACUGUGACAACUACACAUAAGUAGGUUCCUAUAGGUCAGCACAGGCCUCUGUAGUUACUGAAAGCAUUCUUAGUCAUUUAAUGGGGUAGGGUUUCCAGAGAUAUGCUUUUUGUUUGUUUUUUGUUGUUGUUGUUUUUGUUUUGUUUUUAGCUUUAUUUUUAUUGUGUGUGGGGAGGAUGGCAGAGGGCACCAACAUGUCACAAUUAAUGUGUGGAGCUCAGGACAGUUUGUGGAAAAUUCUCUCUCCUACUUUUAAAUGUGUUCUGGGGGGCUCAGAGUCUGGUCUCCAGGCUUCACACAUUGCAUCUAAUAUCCUCUUCUUCAGGUUUCUAAUUGACAGUUGUCCCGACUUCUGCUUUGAGUCCUCCAAGAUUGUAAUCAAUUUAAUAAUUAACUAAUAGAAAUUUGUUAAGAAGCUAUACUGUAUUACUUUUACACUGUGCUAGCCACUAAAUGAUGGA